UUUUUUUUUUUGAGGGUAAUCAAAACGUACACAUCUUAAAUUAGUAGCUCCCGAGUUUUAUUUUAUUUAAAAACAUAAUAGUGUUAAUUUCACUGUGCACAUGCAUUAAAUCUUUGCACUAUCCUUUGAUGCACUCACUCAUCUAAAAAAAAACUAUAAUUUCAACAUCACUUCUCAAAUGGACCUAUACACGAAAUUGUCAAGCUGUAUGGAGGAACUGAGCACCACUUUUACUUCCCGGAUGGCUGCCUAUGAGGAGGAGUUGAAGAGUGUGAACAGUAGUGAGGCUUCACAUAAGAACAUUGCAAGCCUCUCAAAGGACUACACCGAGUUCAAGGGCCUCAUGUUGAAGACAAUAAGUGCCCUUAAAAUGCAGGUGGAACUGUUGUCACUGGGCCUAGAUCGACACGAAAUGGCUUCUCGCAGGCAGGUUCUCCUUCUUCACGGUCUUCCAGAAGAGAAGGAUGAAGACUAUACAUCUCGGGCUCUUACAGUUGUAGCGGACAAGUUAAAGAUGCCCAAUGUCUCUUCUGCAGACAUUGUGUCAUGUCAUCGUCUGGGAGCCGACACGAGCAAGCCACGUCCUCUUCUAAUUAGAUUCCAGAGCCACAGUCUACGCAGUGAAGUGUGGCGAAGCAAGACUCUGUUAAAGGGCUCUGGACUGGUUUUCUCUGAGUUCCUGACCAAGCCCCGACAUGACGCUUUCCUGGCCGCCCGCAAGCAUUUUGGGAUGAAGCAGUGCUGGACAUCUGAGGGCAAGAUAGUGGUAUUGCUACCAGACAAGUCCCGGCGGAAAAUAGAAUCUCCAGCUGAGCUACAACAACUAGCGAGACAGUUUCCGACAUCUGUUACUUCUACUGGUGACCCGACAGUGGGCGCACAGUCGAGUUCAACAGCCAACAAGUCUCCAUCAGGCAAGAGACCGCGAAGGCAAGCAAAAUAA